AUGGCUGCAGCAUUCGACGAGGAGGAUCUCUCGAUCCCUCUUGCAUCUACCGACUCCGAUCGCUCGCGUGAGCCUGCUAGCAAGUCUGCUAGACCGAACCCCUCCGCCAUGGCCAUGCCGCCGCCACGCCCGACCGGCCGGACCGAUGCGGCCGCGACGCAAUCCCCCGCGACCACCAGGGAUAUGCAGCGCCUCGAUCAGUACCAGACGAUCAAGAUUCUGGGCGAAGGGUCUUUCGGCAAGGUCAAACUGGCGAUUCAUCAGCCAAGUGGCCGUCAAGUCGCCCUCAAGAUCAUCUCCCGCCGCAAGCUCCUCUCCCGGGACAUGGUCGGACGUGUAGAGCGAGAGAUACAGUACCUUCAAUUGCUACGCCAUCCUCAUAUCAUCAAAUUGUACACCGUGAUCGCGACCAAAACCGAUAUUGUGAUGGUCCUCGAGUAUGCCGAGCGAGAACUUUUCGAUUAUCUUGUCAGGAGAGGAAAAUGCAACGACGACGAAGCUCGGAAGUUCUUCCAACAGAUUAUUUGCGCCGUCGAAUACUGUCACCGACACAAGAUCGUCCACCGUGACCUGAAGCCAGAGAACCUGUUGAUCGACAGCCAGAAGAACGUGAAGAUCGCCGAUUUCGGACUGAGCAAUAUCAUGACGGACGGUAAUUUCUUGAAGACGAGCUGCGGAAGCCCCAACUACGCUGCUCCAGAAGUUAUCUCCGGUAAGCUCUACGCGGGGCCCGAGGUGGAUGUUUGGAGCUGUGGUGUGAUUCUUUAUGUGCUGCUGGUUGGCCGAUUGCCCUUUGACGAUGAUUACAUCCCCGCCCUUUUCAAGAAGAUCGCGGCCGGCAACUUCCACGUCCCGGGAUACAUCUCCCCCGGGGCCGCCCGUCUUAUCCGAGCAAUGCUUCAAGUCCAUCCCGUCCACAGAAUUACAAUUGAGGAGAUUCGCAGAGACCCGUGGUUUACCAAGAACCUACCAAAAUACCUGGAGCCCCCACCAGAGGAAUUCAUUGCGACAGGCGUGGACCCCAACAAGGCAAUCGACUCGCGCAAGCUUGCACCCGGAAAGCCUCUUCCAGUUCAGCAUAAGAUUCACCGCGUAGCCGUGCGAAAGCUCGAGAAAAGCAUGGGAUAUGGCCAGGAAGAUAUCGAAGAGGCAUUGCGGCAUCCGGAACCCAGCGCGAUCAAAGAUGCAUUCUCAAUCGUGGUCGAGAAUGAAAUGAUGCAGACCAACUCUCCAACGGAAGACAACCUGAUGGCCCAAAACGUCCCUUCUGCACAAAAAUCACCCGCACCCUCACCAUCCGAUCGUUCUCCUCUCCCCAGAGCGCAGGUUCAGCCACAGCCCCAGCCGACAGUUGCUCGUACGCCUAGCGUCGCGCGACGUGCACGCGCCGAGGAAGCUCAACAAGUGGACAUGGAAGAUUCCGAGCAGCCGCGUCUUAGCCAUGUUCGAAUCUUGCCUACCAGUCUGCCAUAUGUCCACGAUCAACUGAUGGAACAGCGUGAUCGGGAGCAGAGAGAGCGCGAUAGAGUGCUAGAAGAGCGCCGACAAGAGGCCGCUCUCCAAGAACAAGGCCAGGGAGGCGAGCCGAGAGAACUAUCCGUCGAGGAGCAAGCUACUACGGUUUGGGCGUUGAAGCCCCAUUCGCGUAGCAUCGUUGACCUGGAGAAGCUGCGGCUCGAGCCCCCGAUUGGACACCCUAUCACACAGCAACCGAAGAGAUCACGAAAAUGGCAAUUUGGUAUUCGUUCUCGCAACCAACCCUAUGAGGCUAUGCUUUAUUUGUACCGAGCAAUUGCUGCUCAGGGUGGAGUCUGGGACGUCCAGCCGAUUGAAUCAGGAACUAAUAUUGGCCCUGAUGCGACACCGUCACCCGACAAACCCAAACCCCUCCAGAGCAAAUAUCCGGAUCUUCCCUCGGACUACUACAUUCCCAAGGACCCCUGGUUCAUUCGCGCUCGCCUUUUAAAAGAAGGCGUGACGGCACCGGGAGCAUCCACCAGUGUGUAUAAUAGCCGAAGUGAUCUCGAGGAGCUGCGCCGCCGCUUUCAUAUUUCCGGCAUCUCAGCACACACUGAGGAUAAUAAGACCUUAACAACCGACAACAGUGCACCUUCUGCGCCUUCAUCCGCCAUGCAAAAUAAGGGCCUUCCCAGCAUCUCCCACGGUGUCUGGGUCUUCGUCGACAUUCAACUCUAUCAACUCGAGGAGAAUAACUACAUGGUCGACUUCAAGUGCGACGGUUACCAAAACGUGAUUCGUGCCCAAGGUGACACUGAAUGGAACCCCAUCAGCAAGCGGAUCAAGAAUAAGGAGAAAGAGGUCACGAGCCCUUAUCCUUUCCUUGAUGUAGCCUCCGAUCUCGUGGCUCAGCUUGCAGUGGCUAGCUAA